CGCGAGGCGAGCGUUCGCGGAGGCCGAGCGCGAAUCCGGCGAGAAGAACCCUGGACAGGUAAACAACGGCCUCCUUGGCUGCCCGCAGGAGGAGAGGCCAAAGAAGGUGCAUUUCGAGGACAGGAGGAGAGAAGAGGCAAAAAGUUGAUAAUUUCUCGGAACUAAGAUCCAGGGGAUGGAUGGAGUGAAGAGCGAGCGUCGCGGAGGCAAGAGCUGGCGGAAGGAGAGGGAGGAGCGGGAGAGGAAGAGGGUCGGCACUAAGGCAGCCAACGUCUCCAAAGAAUCAGAAGAGAAGAAAGAGAAUGACGACCCAGAGAGCCGCAGAGAGGAAGAAAUGGCAAAGAAGAAGCUGGACGAAGAGAACAAGCUGAAGGAGCAAGAGGAGUUGGCAGCCCUGGCAAGGGAGAAGGAGGAGGAAGAGAGGAAGCAGAAAGAGGAAGAGGAAAGACAGCAGAGGGAAGAAGCAGCCAGGAAGUUGGAGGAGGACAGGGUAUUCCUGUUAAACUACAUUCAAGAGUGUGAGGACCGUCUUGCUAAGAAGAAAGAACUUCGAGCACAAAACUUAGCAGUUGUAAAAGACAGACCAGAAUUAAACACAGCUCUUCUAGACUCAAGUUUAAAGAAAAAUACAGCAUUUAUAAAGAAAUUGAAAAACCUAACAGAGAGCCAGCAUGACUCCCUAGUGAAGGACCUCCAAAGCCUAAACCUGACCAAGUAUGUGAGUGAGGUUGCACAGGCUGUAGUGGAGACCAAGCUGAAGAUGUCGGACAUAUCGACGGCUGUCCACCUAUGCUCACUCCUACAUCAACGCUACCAUGACUUUGCUCCGACUCUCUUGGAGAACUGGCAGAAGGUUCUCACUCCAAAGAAAGAUGAAAAGAUUAGCAAUAUGAGUAAACUUCGUGUCGAUCUGCGACUGUAUGCUGAGCUUAUAACUGCUGGGAUUUUUCUACCAAAGGAGGGCCUUCCGCUCCUAGGCAAUGUGCUGACAACUUUAGUGACGUCAGACAAAGAGGAACACCAGAAUAUAGCUGUACUGCUGACAUUUUGCCGUCACUGUGGAGAGGACUACAUGGGACUUGUGCCCCGCAAAAUCAGACUCCUUGCCGAUCAGUUCCACAUGACAAUCCCCAAAAGUGAUUUCUUGCCUCCUGAGAGACAGAAGAAUGUACGUCAGCUUCUAAAGGACUAUUUCGUAUCACUAAGCAAACAUCUGUUCCAUGAUCACAAGGAGUUACAACAGGUUGAAAAGCACAACCGCAGGCUGUUGCAGACACGGGGAGAACUUGGGCAGGAUAGAGUCAACCUAGCAGAAAACCUGGCCAGUGGAUUGACCAAACUUGUUGCCAAUACCCAGCAGAUGGCAGAACUUCUGGAUGAGGACAUGCCUGAGCUUCCAGAAGACAAGAGUCAGGGAGAUGACUUGGGUCUUGGUGAUAUCGGCAUGGGGGAAGGAGGCGAGAUUCCUGAUGGAGGGACGGCUGUGCUAUGGGAAGAUGAAGAUACUCGAGCAUUUUAUGAAAAUCUCCCAGAACUUAAGGCUCUCAUUCCCUCCAUACUAUAUAGUGACUCUGAAAAGCCUACAGCAGUCCCGGCUGAAGAAACCCCAACUGAGGAAGUGGUAGACACAGUCGAGGAGGAGGAGCUGGACAGCGUAGCUCCUGCCGAGGAUGAUGCAGAAGAAGUCCUGCCCCCAGAGUUCCCCCCAGAGGAGGAACCGGAGGACUCCUUAACAGGCACUGGGCCAUCAUCCAACAAGGUGCUACUUGAUGCUUUCCUCAGUGCCUUGCCCAACUGCAUUAACCGGGACUUGAUUGACAGUGCGGCCAUGGACUUCUGCCUCAGACUCAACACAAAGCCAAGCAGAAAGAAACUAGUCAGAGCCUUGUUCCUGGUGCCAAGAACAAGAUUAGAUUUAUUAUCCUUCUACUCUCGUCUGGUGGCAACGCUUCAGCCUCUUAUGCCAGACCUAGCUACUGAUUUAGUCAACAUGUUACGGCAAGAUUUUAAGUACCAAGUGCGGAAGAAGGACCAAAUAAAUAUCGAGUCAAAAAUAAAGGUUGUGAGAUUCAUUGGAGAGUUAGUUAAGUUCAAAGUGUAUCCACGCAGUGAGGCUUUACAGUGCUUGAGAAUGUUACUGCAGGACUUCAGCCAUCAUCAUGUGGAGAUGGCAUGCAACCUCUUGGAGACUUGUGGCCGGUUCCUUUAUAGAAUACCAGAUUCUCACCAUCGCACAAAGAUUUACUUGGAACAGAUGAUGAGGAAGAAAACAGUGAAGGCAUUUGAUCCAAGGUACAACACCAUGAUAGAGAAUGCCUACUUCUAUGUGAACCCUCCUGACUCUGGACCAGAGACAACAAAGAAGGAACGGCCACCCAUGCACCAGUACAUUCGCAAGCUGCUUUACGAUGAUCUCUGCAAGUCAAAUACAGAAAAGAUUUUGCGACAGAUGCGAAAGAUGCACUGGGAAGACCCAUUAGUUUCAAGCUAUAUAGUAAAAUGUUUGACAGCAAUUUGGAAUGCAAAGUUUUAUAAUAUAAGAUGCAUUGCAAACUUGGUUGCUGGGCUUAUAUCUCACCAUGAUUGGGUUGGCCCUGCUGUUGUUGAUGGCAUUUUGGAAGACAUCCGCAUUGGCCUGGAGGUCAACCAUCCCAAAUUCAACCAGAGAAGAGUAGCAGCUGUGAAGUACCUGGGUGAAUUGUAUAACUAUAGGGUUAUAGAAAGUUCUAUUAUCUUCAAGGUUCUUUACCUCUUCAUCUCCUUUGGUGUGGUAUUCGACCCAAGUUCGUAUAGUGAGUACGAUCCUCCUGAACACCUGUUUCGUCUGAGGUUGGUGUGUACGUUGUUGGAAACAUGUGGGCAGUUCUUUAGUUCAGGAUCAAGCAAAAGACGUCUAGACUGCUAUUUAUGCUACUUCCAGCAUUACUAUCAGUAUAAGAGAUCUCUCAAUAUAUGGAGUGAGGAGCAAGAGUUCCCAUGGCAGAUUGAGCACUUAGUCAGAGACACAAUUGCAGCAGUGAGACCAAAGCUUCAGAUGUACAUCAACCUGGAGGAAGCACAGAAAGCUGUGACUCACCUUAAUAAUCAGAUUGUUGCAAAGGCAAUUGAGCAAGUACCAAGUCUUCGGCAAUUCUUACAACCUGAUGCGGAUAAUGAAGGACUUCACACAAUAACAGAGGAAGGUGAUUCUCAAGUACCAGGCCUGGAUGGAGAUGUUUUGGAGAACUUGGAGGAGGAGGAGGAGUUCGAGGACACAGAGGAAGGGGAGAUGGAUUGGAGUGAAUCACAUGGUGACUCCCUCACGCCCUCGCAGCACAGUCAGCCCUGCCGCAGCACAGUGGAUGAGGAGGGUGAAGGCGGACUAACAGGAGAUGCUUAUGAGGAGAUCGAAGGAGGAGGAGAGAGCUUAGAGGGAGAGUUACUGGAAGGAGACAUGAAGGUUAACCUCAAGCAUGUUGACUGCAAGGAGGACAAUGACUUUAUGUCUGCAUUUGACCGCAUGAUGGCAGAGAGCAUCUUGGAGCGCACAUCGAACAUCCCAAAGGCUGGCCAGUUUGAUAUAUCCGUACCAGUCCAUGUCAAAUCCACAACCAAGAAAACUUACGACCAGUUACUGACAGAGGGUACAGAGGAAACUAAGCCAGUAGUGAACUUUGUCCUAAUGACCCGCUCUGGCAAUAAGCAACAGUAUAACAAUGUUGAAAUGCCACUUGAUUCAGAGAUAGUGACCAAACUUCGUUCCCGGGAAGAGGCUGAACGAGCAGAGAAGGAGAAAGUGAAGCGCAUGACCUUGGAGAUCAAUGAGCGCCAAGAGGAGGAGGAAGCAGCUGAGAUCAUGCAACAGGCCCAGAGACCAGCCACAAUGAACUUCAACCGUGACAGACGACCAAAAUAUCAGCACCCUAAGGGAGCACCCGAUGCAGACCUCAUAUUUGGUCCCAAAAAGAUUAGAUGAGGCAAUUCAACUCUCUUUUUGUCUUCUAUCAAACUUUUCUGUGUGAUCAGAUAUUUGGUUAUUCUUUUAACUAUGAUGCUUAUACUUCAAAGUUUUCAGAUUUGAAACAAUAAAAUUAGUUUUGAUAUAUUACGGUCAGUGUAUGGUUCUCAAGUCAUUGCAAUGAUAGACCAAUGUUGCUGCGUCUGCAGUAUUAGACCAUCGUGGAUUUGUAUUAACUUCCAUAAAAUGUACUUUUUAUGCAGUGUGAAAUAUGGAGUUUUUAUUGGUAUUGCUACAAUUACCUGCUUUUUUUUCUUAUUUUGUUUUACUUUGCAUAUAUCACAAAUACUGUCCUUUGCUUCUGCAGCUAUCAAUAUUUUAUUUUGAUAUUAGGGCUGUAAGCAAAACUACAUUGAUAGUCUCUUUAAAAGAGACAGAAUGUUUCUCAAUAUUUUUCCAUAGAUGAUGUUAUUCCUUUGUUUCAUUGUUGUAACAAGUAUAUUUGGUUAUUGUAGUCUUCCAUGUUGUGGAAUGUUAAUGUAAAUGUGAACAUAUGUGCAAAUAGGAAAUUAUUAUUCACAUGUGAAUGAAAUCUGUUGAUGAAAAUGAAAUAGAAGUUAAAAAUUAUU